AUAAUAAUCAAAUUUGUUAAAUCAUUCUUUCUUGUCUAUCAUUGAGAAAGGAACAACUCUGGUUUACCUAUAUAUAUACAUGUAUACAUAUCCACAAGUUGAUCACCCAACCUUCAUAGUGCAUAACAACAUACCAUAUCAAUGGAUUCAUCCAUGCCUUUUGCUCUGCUGCUUGCCUUGCUCAUACCCAUCCUCCUCCACUUUGUCAUCAGGCGCAAGUACUCAUCCUAUAAUCUCCCUCCAGGUUCCCUUGGCUUCCCAGUGAUUGGCCAGAGCAUCUCCCUACUUCGCGCCCUCCGCAGUAAUACUGAUUACCAGUGGUACCAGGACAGGAUCAAGAAGUAUGGUCCAGUGUCCAAGAUGUCAGUGUUUGGCUCACCGACGGUGCUGUUGACUGGCCCAGCAGCCAAUCGCUUUGUAUUCAGCAACCAAGACCUCAUUAUCACCGAGACGAAGGCAGCGAACGCCCUCAUUGGGCGGUCCAUAUUGACACUAUCAGGUGAGGAGCUAAAGCAAGUCCGCAGUGCACUGCAGGGCUAUCUGAGGACAGAGAUGGUGACAAAGUGUAUUCGGAAGAUGGAUGAGGAGGUCAGGAGGCACAUCGACCUGAAUUGGGUUGGUCAAAAGACAGUCACGGUUGCACCAUUGGCGAAGAGGCUCACCUUUGACAUCAUCUGCUCAGUCAUCUUCGGACAGGGGGCAGGUCCCAUCAGGGAAGCCCUUGCUGCUGACUUCAAGAAAAUGGUGCAGGCAAUGCUAUCGAUUCCAGUGAAUAUACCCUUCACCAAGUUCAACAAGGGCUUGAGUGCGAGCCGGAGGGUGAGGAAGGUGCUCAGGCAAAUUGCUCGUGACAGGGAAGCAGCAUUGCAGCAAGGCCAUUCUAGUUCAGCUGAUGAUUUCUUCACAUACAUGCUUGUUUUGCGCUCCGAAGGCACCCACUCACUCACAGUGGAGGACAUUGUGGACAAUGCAAUCUUACUCCUACUUGCUGGUUAUGAGACAUCGUCUGUUCUUAUCACCUUCUUGCUCCGGUACCUAGCCAAUGAGCCAGAUAUCCUGGGCAAGAUAACUGAAGAACAAGAGGAGAUCGCUAGGUACAAAGGACCUGAUGAACCUUUGACCUGGGAUGAUGUUUCAAGGAUGAAGUACACGUGGAAGGUGGCAAUGGAGACACUACAGACUGUUCCCCCAAUAUUUGGAAGCCUCCGAACAGCUAUUAAAGACAUCGAAUACCAGGGCUAUCACAUUCCAAAAGGCUGGCAAGUCUUCACUGCUAUAAUUAUCACACAUUUGGACGCAAAUUUUUCCGAUGACCCGAACAAGUUCAACCCUGCUAGAUUUCAUAACCAGUCUUCAGUCCCACCCUAUUGCUUUGUUCCGUUUGGGGGAGGUCCAAGAAUGUGCCCUGGAAAUGAAUUUGCGAGGACCGAGACAUUGGUAGCCAUGCACUAUCUGGUGAGGCAGUUCAGGUGGAAAUUGUGCUGCAAAGAUGAAGGUUACAGGAAAGAUCCUGUUCCGAUGCCUCUUGAACUCCCAAUUGAACUUGAGACCAGAAGCUCCCCCUGGAUAUGCUUAAAAUGAUCCACCUGUUUUUAGUUUAUGCUUUCACUAGUUGGUUGAAGAGUUGGAAAUGUUGCAGUUGUGAAGAUCUUGGUAAAGUUGUUCAGAAAUGCAGUGACUUAUGAUCAAAGCUUUGGUUCAGUUGCGCAGAUAAAUGUGUAAUAUUCCCUCUGUUAUUUAAUAGAUAACGGCGUUGACUUUUGAACACAUGUUUGACCAUUCGUCUUAUUCUAAAAAUUUAUGUAAAUGUAUAGAAUAUAAAUCAUGCUUAAAGUAUUUUGAGUGAUAAAACAUCUCACAACAAAAUAAAUAAUAAUUAUGUUUUUUUAAUAAGACGAAUGGUCAAAUGUUCAACGGCAUCAUCUAUUAAGAAACAGAGUUAGUAAGACAUCUGCUUAGGGGGUUCCUUUUCUUUUGUUUUUCUGAAAACAAUGUCUACGUUGUGCUAUUGUUGGGUAAAUCAGCCAGCUGUUUACUUUAUUUG